CAGUCUCCGCGGCCGCCGCCUGCCCUGCCGCCUUCUCCUUCGUUGCGCCCCAGUCCGAGCCGUCCCGGCCCUCCCGGAGCUCCGCUCUCCGCUCCCCGACAUGGCAACCUCCCCCCAGAAGUCACCCUCGGCCCCCAAAUCUCCCACCCCCAAGUCUCCCCCGUCCCGGAAGAAAGAUGACUCCUUCUUGGGGAAACUUGGAGGAACUCUGGCCCGGAGAAAGAAAGCCAAGGAGGUGUCUGACCUUCAGGAAGAAGGGAUGAAUGCCAUCAAUUUACCUCUCAGCCCAAUCCCCUUUGAGCUGGAUCCUGAGGACACUAUGCUAGAGGAGAAUGAAGUCCGGACAAUGGUGGAUCCAAAUUCACGGAAUGACCCUAAACUGCAGGAACUGAUGAAGGUAUUAAUUGAUUGGAUUAAUGAUGUUCUGGUUGGAGAAAGAAUAAUUGUGAAAGACUUGGCUGAAGAUAUGUAUGAUGGACAAGUCCUGCAGAAGCUUUUUGAGAAACUCGAAAGUGAGAAGUUGAAUGUUGCCGAGGUCACCCAGUCUGAGAUUGCCCAGAAGCAAAAACUACAGACUGUGUUGGAAAAGAUCAACGAAACACUUAAACUGCCUCCAAGGAGCAUCAAGUGGAAUGUUGACUCUGUCCAUGCCAAGAGCCUUGUGGCAAUCCUGCAUCUUUUGGUGGCUUUGUCCCAGUAUUUUCGAGCCCCAAUCCGACUCCCGGACCAUGUUUCCAUCCAAGUUGUGGUGGUUCAGAAACGGGAAGGAAUCCUCCAGUCUCGGCAAAUCCAAGAGGAAAUAACCGGUAACACUGAGGCUCUAUCGGGAAGGCAUGAGCGUGAUGCCUUCGACACCUUGUUUGACCAUGCUCCCGACAAGCUCAAUGUGGUGAAAAAGACGCUCAUCACCUUUGUGAACAAGCACCUGAAUAAGUUGAACUUGGAAGUCACAGAACUGGAAACCCAGUUUGCAGAUGGAGUAUACUUGGUGCUGCUCAUGGGCCUCUUGGAGGGCUACUUUGUGCCUCUACACAGCUUCUUCCUGACCCCGGAGAGCUUUGAGCAGAAGGUUCUUAACGUGUCGUUUUCGUUUGAACUGAUGCAAGAUGGAGGGCUAGAAAAACCAAAGCCACGGCCAGAAGAUAUUGUCAAUUGUGACUUGAAGUCUACCCUUCGAGUGCUUUACAAUUUGUUUACCAAAUACAGGAAUGUGGAAUGAAGAAAGAAUGGACCUGGAUCCUGGAAUGUGCCAGCGACUCACUUUCCACCUCAGAGCUGAGGCAGCUGGACAGGAAUCCUAACUGCAUUGAACUCUAUUUUCACUACACUGAAUGCUAGCGGGGAUUACUUACUGUAACUCAGAGAAAUUAUGUAAUUAAAAUUUUGGAAGGAAAUGAUUAGGUACUUUCUGGAGAUCUAGCUCUGGGUUCCAAAAGGAUCUCUAGCUUUUAAAGUGCACCCCAGCCUUUACAAUGUUAUAGAACUUAACUGUGACUUUCAUUUCUCACCCCUCCUUUUCCCCAAUAUGGGCACUGGGACCCUUUAAGGAAAAGAGGUCUUUAAAGCCUAAAACAAAAUCCGAGUUGUGAUGGGUGGAUGGGUGGACACCUUUCUUUAGACAACAUUUACUAGACUUUUAUUGGUUUUCAGUCAAAAAAGAGAAGCAAUAUAAUGCAUAGAGAGCUAGCCUUAGAAUCAGAGACCUGGAUUCAAGUCCAACCUUUAUUACACACUAGCUAAAUGAUCAGGGACCUGAUGGAUUGUUUAAUCUGAGUGCCCCAGGCAAUUCUCAAAGUCUCUGAGUUACAUAUGAGCUGCCAAAUUACAUCAGAGGAAGGAAUUUCCAUGACAGGAAUCAAUCCCUUACAUUGAAGAAAUCACAGAUCCAGGCCAAGGGAACAAAGAAAAAGCCUACCCUAGUGUACCUUUCAAACUUCCUCCCCUUCUUCCUAAGUCAUCUCAGAGGGAUGGAGUAUUUGUGAGAAGGUGAGUGGAGGUCAGUUCCAUCAUAUGUGCAGGACACAAUGGGAUUGAGGAGUCCACACUAAAAUAGGGGAGUUGAAAUUUGAACCAAAUCAUAUUAUAUGUGUUCAGAAUAGUACCUCAAAUAUUUUUUACAAACUAAAAUGACUCAGUUCCUUUAGAUUGGCAAUAAUGUGAGGCCUGACUUUAAAUGUAACUUUGGGGCAAAUUCUGGAAGUAGUUUUUCUUCUUUAUUCCCUAUAAUGGAAAUGCCUUGUAUUUUCCUUCCAACUAAGUACCCAAUUCAUCAUAGUUGGAAAAAUACAUCUAGGUUUAUAUACAUGGAAUGGAGACUGUCUCAGCAGUUUCCAGAAAGUGGGAUCCUUGAACUUUGAAACAAAGAAAACUCCUUUCCACCCACUUCCUAAUUGAUCAUUAAGGCCAUUGCUAGCCAGGUCUAUCUAGCAGCAAUUACCAGCUAAUUCAGGUGGGGGUUGGAAAGUCAUUUAGACCAAAGCUUAGCGGUUUACUUGGUCUGGAUUGUUCUGGUGCAGGGUGGGGAACCUGCAGCCUUCUAGGUCCUUGGAUGUGGCUUUUUGACUGAGUCCAAGUUUUACAGAACAAACCCUUUUAUUAAGGGGAUUUGUUUUGUGAGGUUUGGAUUCAGUCAAAAGGCAGUACUUGAGGGCCUCCAGGCCAAAGGUUUCCCACCCCUGUUCUGGUGCCUUGGGGUGACUCGUAGCAUGACCCCAGGAAAACUGAUAGCUAUGUUGUAUAGGAAGAGCAAUAGUACCCGUGUGUUUGGAAGGGUGGGGGGAGGGGCAGCCUGCAAGUCUUAAUUAUAGGGGAAAGUAUGUAAGAGAAAAAUGCUCAAUGUAUAUAACCAGCCUGCUGUGGUGCUUAUGGAGCUUUUAAAGGGUCCAGCUCUAAAAUGAACUAAAUACGGAUAGAUAAGUAGCCUAUGUGUCAUUUAUAUCGUCUUUGCCUUUGAGAUGCUAGAACUAUCACUGAGAACCAAAAGAAGGCCUGUUGCCCUCUCCCUUCUACAGAGGGGUCCAUGGCUGCCGGGUUAUUGUUUUAGGCCCAUUACACAAGUCUGUCUCCUUAGCUUCCAGAGGGUCUAUUGGGAUAUAAAUCCAUACUAAACAAAAAGGACAGGCCUGAUCGAGCUCCAGAAAUAUUCCUCUUAAGCUUUCCGAUCUGAACUUACUGGUCAUCCUUACACAAAAGCAGUAACUCAGAAUGAUUAUGUUUGGGAUGCAUCGUGUGAUGUUGGGGACCAGUUUAUUGCUGGAGGAAUUAUUUUCUAGUUAAAGUUGUGAACUCUCCAAGAUGCAAAGGGGACAAGGUCCCUUGAGGGCAUUUAUCUAAGAAAGGCAAUUCUGCGAAUAGUUUGUGACAUUAUGUUUUUAAAAUUAUGUUCAUACUCAAUAUUUUAUGGUUUCUGCUGGCUUUCUUCCUCUUGGUUCCUGGUAGUAAAUCCAGAUAAAUAAUUGUUUUCUCUGUCUGAGUAAUACUGAAAAUGCUUUAAAAAAUAAGAGGACUGUAUUCAUUUCUAAAUGCUUUGCUAGGAGAAUUUUACCUCUCCUUUUAAAAAAAAGAAAUUGCAUAUGAGCAGCCAAUUGAUAAAUAUGCUUACUUAGAUUAA